AUGGAGGAUAUAGAAGAUUUAUUGGUGGGGAGUGGCGGGGCACCACCUGGGUUUCGGUUGCCCUUGGCGGCGCCAGGCGUUGGAGUCAAUCCCAAGCAGAAGAAGCCAGUCCGAGACUCUCUCACUUCCCCUUAUUAUUCCAAAAUCCCUGGCACCCAGACAAUUUAUAUGAAGACUUUUGGAUGUUCUCAUAAUCAGAAAAAUGCUAGACCAAAACUGUCAUGA